ACACAGUCAUUUACUGUGAGUGAAUGUAGAGUCAAAUAUCUGACGGUGAGAUUUGCCGACCAUUUUAAAACAAAACAACACAUCAUUUGAAUGCGUCUCCUGCACUACAGUUACACCGUGUGUGGAGUCAGGAGGAUCAUGUACUGUAUGAGGACCAAAAAGCAUCAAAUGCCAUAAACUCAGAUAGCAGCUCGCCUUACAGCUGUCUGCGCCGCACAUAAAAUUAGACCCACAGACAGUUGUAUACUGUAGGCUCCAGCAGGACAAGACAGCUGAGGGACAUAUAGGACAGUGUGGAGGAUGGACUCAACUCAUAGUGGCAGCCUUUACUUUGGAAGUUGUACGAGAUGCAGUAAAGCGGUGUACGGUGCAGGGAGAGGCUGCCGGGCCAUGGGACAGUUAUUCCACGACGCCUGUUUCAUCUGCAGCGUCUGUAGUGAAAAGCUGAGCGGCAAACCCUUUUACUCGCUUUCCGGUGCAAUCUAUUGUGAGAAUGACUUUUUGUAUUCAGGAGUUCAUCCAGCCCCAGAAGUGUGUAACAGCUGUGGGUUUUUAAUCAUGGAUAUGGUGCUGCAGGCUCGUGGAAAGUCCUACCACCCGCGCUGCUUUCGCUGUGCAGUGUGCAGUCAGAGUCUGGAGGGUCAGCCCUUCACUGUUGACUCAGACGAUAAAGUGUACUGUGUCAGCGACUUCCACAGGCUCCAGGCCCCCUGCUGUGCCGCAUGCAGAGCACCGAUACUGCCAACCGAGGGAUCUACAGAAUGUGUUCGAGUGGUGUCAUGUAACAGAAAUUACCACGUAGAGUGCUACAGUGGUGAGAUUAACCUGAUUUAAGGAGUUUCACUUUCAGACAUACAGUACAUGUUCCUGCUGGUCUUUGUAAAUGUACAGAACAUAUUUAUAUAUAUGUGAUUUAUGACUGCAAUAAAGUCACUGUGAACACGCUCAA